AUGUCAACCUCUCCUUCCUUGGCUUUGGUCUUUGGUCAAUUUCAUUUGCUUCCAAUUAAGUGUGCUACAUAUGAACUGAAGUUUAAUGUUGAAGAUCUUUUAGUGCGUAAGACACUGGUGAGGCAUAUACAGGUGAAGGUGUAUGUGGGAAUAAUUUUGCAGUAUAAGAAGUGUUUUUCUGUAUGUAUGCACGAAUGUUUGUGCAAGAGCAUGAGUACUUGGGACAGAGAAGUUCAUUUUCCACAUAUAUGUGUAUUUACAUACAAAAAGGUAAAAGAGAGAAAUUUCUGCAUUAAAAUUGCUAUGCAAACAUUAGAAUCAAUUGUGUGGAGAAUUGAAUUAUUACUGAUUAAUAGGCAUAAAUGUGUGCAUAAAAUUAUUCUGCAUUCAGUAAAUUGUGUAUUAAUCCAUAAAACUCAAUACUAUUCAACAUACACUACUAAAAUAUCGCAAGCACUGCUGCCAGAAUCAAUGGAAGCAGACGAAAUGGCAUUUCAAGUAGCAUGGGAAAAUCUAUUCAGCAGUGCAUGUAAAGUAAUGCAAUGUGGUAAAUACCUCGCCAUACAACAAAAUAUAUUUUGA